AUGGCCGUCGCGAAUCCGCGCCACUACGGGUGCCCGCGCGUCCUCCGAUGCGUCGUCGGUGUCUGCGCCGUGGCCGCCGCCUACGACUUCGACGACCCGCACGCGGCGCACACGUCCCAGGCGAUCCAGUGGGACCGGGAGAACCGGCGCGGCGACAGCCGGCGCGCCUUCGAGUCCGCGGCGCGGUUCACGCCGACGACGCAGACCAUGGUGAACCUCGGCGUGUGCUACAUGCGCCUCGCGAGCGGGUCGGGCCACCGGGCGCACAAGGUCGAGCUCUACGGUUUAGCGUACGACGCGAUGGCGCGCGGCGGCGAGCUCGCGGGCCGCGACGAGGACGUGCGGCUCUACGAGGAGAACUGGGACGCGCUCAUGACGAACUUCAACAUCGAGGACGUGCCGCGGCCGCGGGGGAGCGUCGCCGUCGGGUCCGCGGCGGAGGCCGAGGAGGAGCUGCCGCCGGACCCUAGGCAGUGCGGCGCGCCGCCGGAGAAGGCGCCCAAGUCGGCCUUCGAGCAGCUCAUGGGCUUCGGGAGCCGCAUGGCGGGCCUGGGCGGCGACGCGCCGGCCAUGCCCGCGCGCGACUUCCUGCUGCACCAGCGGCCCGUGGCCGUCGCGGACGACCUGCCGCGCGUCGACGCCGCGGACCUCGCCAAGUUCGCCGAGUACGAGGAGCGGCGCGACCCCUUCGUGCUCCGGGGCGCGACGGCGGGCUGGAAAGCCGUCGAGGAGGCGGGGAAGACGAAUGCGGGCGCCUGGGCCUGGCUCGAGGCGCUGGCGGACCAGUUCCCCGACGCGGUGACGGACUUCUACCCCUACAACAUGCUUUCCAGUAAUCGCCAGUCGCCCUAUUUGACGCGCUUCCGGCGCGCGGUCAAGGAGCUCAAGAUCGUCAACGACAAGCACCAGCAGCUCAACGGGAGCGCGUUCCGCUACGAGUCGGGCAACGGCGCGCUCCGGGGCCGCUACAUGCACCUGCAGCUCACGCCGGACGUCUGGUCGGAGCUCGAAAAACGGGGCGCGAUCGCGGCGGACCGCCACUGGCAGCUCGAGAACGACGCCUGGCUCGAGGAGUGCCUGGGCUACCCGCACGGGGCCGUCGCCGCCGAGUACCACCUGAAGACGCACUGGAAGAUCCUGCUCGUGGGCGCGAGGGGCGCGGGCAUGUUCAACCACAGCGACUCGCUGCAGACGUCGUCGUGGCACGCGCAGCUCGCGGGCCGCAAGUGGUGGCACGUCUGCGGCGCGCUCAGCGACGGCCGACCCAAGUGCUACGAGGGGAUCGUCGCGCCGGGCGAGAUCCUCUACUACGGCCGCGGCUGGUCGCACGAGACGCAGAACCUGGACGACCCGACGGCGACGAUCACGGACACGGCGGUCCACGCGCGCAACUUCGCCGCCGUCGCCGACAAGCUCCACGGCGAGUGCACGCGCGAGGUGUUGGAUUUCCGCUUCUCGGGCCAGCUCUGCGACGCGCUCGACGCGUGCUACAACGUCCUCCACCGCGCGUUCAAGGACGGCCGCGACAAGCCGCCGUCCAUGUGGCGGCCCUGGCGCGGCCUCGCCGCGCCCGAGCUCGUCGAGAAGCGCAAGACCAUCGUCCCGGAGCACAACAACUACGACGGCCGCAACUACAUCACGGAGUAG